AUGUCUCAGCUUUAUAUUAAAAGAAGCAGAAUUUUGUGUUCUCAAUCCAUAGAAUCACAGUCAUCACCCAUAAGGGAUCUUUUUGAUCAUGAUGACGAACCCGUUGAAAAUAAUUCGGACUUUAAUGUCGAAUGUGUAUUUAAUUCUGCCGGAUUCUUAAAACUAUUAUUAACGUCGAUUAAUCCCUCACAGAGUGACUUGAUGAUUCAAUCGAUGAUGAGUGGACAGUCCAUGUACACCUGUAUUAGUAUAUCUAAGAACCGCUUUAUAAAGUAUUCAUUCGGUUGUGAAGAUGAAACUCAGAUGAAUCAGAGUGUGGAUGUUGUUCUAUCUCUUCAGGCCAUUCUAAUUUGUAUCAACAUGUAUUCGCAGAAUAAUGAGGUUUCUAUGUCAUAUAAUACGAACGAUAGACAUGUAAUAUUGAAAGGAAAGUGUACAAAUUAUGACAAGUACAAACAUUCUAGUGAAAUAGAACAAUAUUUGGUCUGCAGAUUGAAGACAAUUCAUACAUCUCCUUUGAACAUGCCUUUUGAAGAUUUUGAUUUUGAUAUUAACAAAUACGACUACUUCACAAUUGCGGCCCGUGGAAAUUCAACCAUAGCAGUUGAAUGGGACUUUUCCUUCGAUAAAAAUAUAUUUGACGAAUUUAAUAUCACCAAGCCACACUCAUAUACAUAUGGUACAAAAUGCCUCCAAUGCGUUUCAAACGGCCUUAAACUGUCGCAAAAAAUAAAAAUAAUGAUAAAGGACAACGGUGCCCUGUUAAUAAAAACAUAUAUGACGGGAAACAUGUCGGAAGAAGUUCAGGUCUACUACUAUAUAUACCCCUUUGUUGACACAGAAACAUAA